AUGCUUGGCUUAUUGGUCUUGUGUUUUGUUGGCCUCACAUUUGCUGCUCCUCAAGGCUACAACUAUCCCUCUCCAGCAAAUGGCUUUAGCAUGCAAGCUACUGGUGGCGCUACCUCUGCCGACUUUCAUAAUCAGCAACCAGUGAUUACAAAACGCUUCUUUAUCCAUUCAGCUCCUGAGGAUGAGGACACAGAAAUCGAACAAAGAGACAUCGUCGUUGGUGCACCACGCAAGAACUUCAAUGUCGUCUUUAUCAAGUCAUCUUCUGCCAGGCAGCAUAAGGCUAAAAUCCGUGUCAUACCUGCAGUCAAUGAGGACAAAACUGUUAUCUAUGUUUUAACCAAGAAAUCUGAUCGGGCUGAGAUUGAUGCUCAUGUUGUGGAGCCUGCAACCACUACCACUAAACCCGAGGUAUUCUUCAUUAAAUAUAAAACUAAUGAAGAAGCAAAACAUGCCCAAAGGAAUAUUCAAGCUCAGUAUGAUCGCUUGGGUGGAUCUUCCAUUGUCUCGGAUGAGGGUGUUGCUCCAAUUUCUUCAGUUAUUGGUAGCUUGGAUGGAUCGAAGCAAGAAGAUUCUAGUGCCCACUUGGAUGCUGCUAAUGGACCUGAUGCAGGCAAUACCGCCGUUGCUGGUCCUUUGUAUCUACCACCCGCAAAGAAGCAAUAA